GCACCCUGUCCUCCGACAGGCCCUCACAAGCUGAGGGAGUGCCCUGCCAUCAUCUUCCUACGGAACAGGCUGAAGUAUGGCCUGAGAGGAGUUAAGGUGGAGAAGAUCUGCGUGCAGAGGUUCAUCAAGAUAGAUGACAAAGGCCACCCAGACGUCACCUACUCUGCGGGCUUCCUGGAUGUUAUUAGCAUUGAGAAGACAGGCGAGCGUUUCCGCUUGGUGUGCGAUACCGAGGGCCAGUUUGAUAUUCACCGCAUCGCAGCUGAAGAGACCAAG